GGUUGGGCACUUAAAGCUAAUCAAAAAUUUGGACAUAGAGGCUCUGAUUUGGUUGUAAUGGCAGGAGAAGGUAACUUAGAUAGAGAUGAGAUUCCAAAAACUGAAACAAUUAACAAUUGA